AUGGGCCCUCCCAAGAAGGCAAAGGCGAAGGCCAGCGCGUCUGGCAGCCCCAAAAAGAAGGCCAAGAAGUCAGCAAGAAAGAAGGCAGAACCGAUGACGGUGGAUGGCGAGCAAUCAGAACCGUCCAACCCUGCAGUGUGGCGCCCUGGCCUGGAUGAAGUGGGGGAGGAUGAGGAGCUCCAGUAUGACCCGUCCACCUACGACUGCAUGCACACCAUGAGCCUCGAUUGGCCAUGUCUCAGCUUUGACAUUUUGCCGGACGGCUUGGGCGGUCCUCGGAGCGCGUUCCCUCACAGCAUCUCAAUAGUGGCGGGCACGCAGGCCGCCAACGCGCGGCAGAACUCCAUCGCACUCCUAAAGCUUAGCAACUUGGGCCAGGGCAAGCACGGCGAGAAGGCGCCAAAAGAGGACGACAGCGACGAUGACAUGAGCGAGAGCGACGAGGAUGAGGAGGGCCCCCCGGUGAUGCACCUGCGGCAGAUCGGGCUCAGCUGUGGGGUCAAUCGCGUGCGCGCCAUGCCGCAGCAGCCGGGCGUGGUGGCCGCCUGGGGCGACAACGGCCAAGUCUCGAUCUGGGAUAUGGGCAUGCAGCUGAACGAAGUGACGGCUGCUGACGAUGAGCGCGCGCAGCGGGGCAAGCCGCAGAGGCAGGAGCCGCGCCAUGUGCACCGCCACAGCAGUGAGUGCGAGGGGUUUGCGCUGGACUGGUCGCGCGCGGCGGCCGGGCGGCUGGCGUCGGGGGACUGCCGGAAGGGGAUCCACGUCUGGGACGCCAAUGAGAAGGGCAACUGGAGCCGAGUUUGUGAACGACAGGGGCAUGAGGACUCGGUGGAGGACAUACAGUGGAGUCCAGUGGAGGGAACGGUGUUUGCCUCCUGCUCUGUGGACAAGACCAUCCGCAUCUGGGACACCAGGGGAAAGCCGACGCCGCAGCUUUCAGUGGUGGCGCACGCGGCGGAUGUGAAUGUCAUUUCCUGGAGCGCGCAGUCGACCUUCAUGCUGGCGUCCGGCGGCGACGACGGCGCGCUGCGAGUGUGGGAUCUGCGCAUGUUCGGCCGAGACGCCGCUGCCAAUGAGGCCAGCUUCGUGGCCAACUUCACCUAUCACAGGGGCCCGGUCACAUCAGUGGAAUGGUGCCCGGCAGAGGCGACGAUGCUCGCCACGUCAUCAGCAGACGGCCAGCUGGCAGUGUGGGAUCUUGCAGUUGAACGGGAUCCUGAAGAGGAGGCUGCACUGGCCGCUCACAUGAAUGCUGCAUCUCCAGAGGACCUGCCUGCGCAGCUGCUCUUUGUGCACCUCAGCCAGGGUGAGAUCAAGGAGGCUCAUUGGCACCCGCAGAUCCCUGGCAUGCUCGUCACCACGGCCGCCGAUGGAUUCACCAUCUUCAAGCCUUCCAACGUCCCCUGA